AUGCCCGUCAUGCUUCAGACGCCAUCACGAGCCUCAACCGCCUCUUCGUCGUCCUUCCAACCCCUCUCGCGCCAAAACACCAUGUCUUCCUACGAUGGCACGCGCUCCGCGCGCCAGUCAAAACGGUACUCCAUGUCCGCCCUCUACAUGUCCAUGUCGGCCAACGAAGGCGAGAUGCAAAUCGAGGAUGACCUGGCCAAAGGUGCCGCGCGAACACCCGCCCCCCGACCCCGGGCGUUUCCCCUUGCUAACUCGAACCUGUUCCUAGCCCAGAAAAUCCUUCGCGAGCUCAAGUCCAAGAUCUCGUCCCAGUCCAAGAAGAACUUCGUCCUCGAAAAGGAUGUGCGAUAUCUUGAUUCGCGUAUCGCGCUGUUGAUCCAGAAUCGAAUGGCGCUCGAAGAGCAAAACGAAGUCGCCAGCCAUCUCGAAGAUGCGGCCGACAUGCAGGAGGGCUUCUUCCCCAACGAUGACAAGACCCAGAAAUAUGGAAACCUCAUGUUCCUCCUCCAGUCCGAACCGAGGCACAUCGCCCACCUCUGCAGGCUCGUGUCCAUGGCCGAGAUCGACUCCCUGCUGCAGACGGUCAUGUUCACCAUCUACGGCAACCAGUACGAGAGUCGCGAGGAGCAUCUGCUCCUCACCAUGUUCCAGUCCGUGCUCACCUACCAGUUCGACAACACGCCCGACUACUCGUCCCUGCUCCGAGCGAACACGCCGGUCUCGCGAAUGAUGACGACCUACACCCGCCGGGGACCCGGCCAGAGCUUCCUCAAGACGGUGCUGGCCGAUAGGAUCAACAGCCUGAUCGAGCUCAAGGACCUGGACUUGGAGAUCAACCCCCUCAAGGUGUACGAGCGCAUGGUUGAGCAGAUCGAGGAGGACACUGGAUCGCUGCCUCCGCACCUGCCCAAGGGCAUCACCGCCGAGCAGGCGGCGGAGAACCCGCAGGUGCAGGCCAUCAUCGAGCCAAGGCUGACCAUGCUCACCGAGAUCGCCAACGGCUUCCUCACCACCAUCAUCGACGGCCUCGAGGAGGCGCCGUACGGAAUUCGCUGGAUAUGCAAGCAGAUCCGCAGCCUGACGAAGCGCAAGUAUCCCGACGCCAACGAUCAGGUCAUCUGCACCCUCAUCGGCGGCUUCUUCUUCCUGCGCUUCAUCAACCCGGCCAUCGUCACGCCCAAGUCGUACAUGCUCAUCGACGGCACGCCGGCCGAGAGACCUCGACGGACGCUGACCUUGAUCGCCAAGAUGCUCCAGAACCUUGCCAACAAGCCGUCGUACGCCAAGGAGCCGUACAUGGCGAAGCUGCAGCCGUUCAUUCACCAGAACAAGGACAGGAUCAACAAGUUCAUGCUCGACCUCUGCGAGGUCAGCGACUUCUACGAGAGCCUAGAGAUGGACAACUACGUGGCCCUCUCCAAGAAGGACCUCGAGCUGGACAUCACGCUCAACGAGAUCUACGCCAUGCACGGCUUGAUCGACAAGCACCAGCAGGAGGUGUGCAGGGACGAAAGCUCGCACCUCGCCAUCAUCAUCUCCGAGCUCGGCCCGGCUCCGGCCCAGGUGCCGCGCAAGGAGAACCGGGUGAUCAACUUGCCGCUGUUCAGUCGGUGGGAGACGGCCAUCGACGAUCUCACGGCCGCGCUCGACAUCACACAGGAGGAAGUGUUCUUUAUGGAAGCCAAGUCCAUCUUCGUGCAGAUCAUGCGCACCAUCCCGCAGAGCAGCGCCGUGCUCAAGCGCCCCCUUCGUCUGGAGAGAGUCGCCGACGCGGCCGCGACGAGCCGGAACGACGCCGUCAUGGUUCGCAAGGGCAUCCGUGCCAUGGAGCUCCUCUCGCAGCUGCAGGAGCUGGGCGUCAUCGACAAGAACGACCAGUUCGACCUCUUGCGCGACGAGGUGGAGCAGGAGCUGCAUCACCUCGGCUCGCUCAAGGAAGGCGUCAUCGCCGAGACCCAGAAGCUCGACGAGGUGUACAAGACGAUCCGCGACCACAACACGUACCUCGUCGGCCAGCUGGAGACGUACAAGAGCUACCUGCACAACGUGCGGUCGCAGAGCGAGGGGACCAAGCGAAAGCAGCAGAAGCAGCAGGUUCUCGGCCCCUACAAGUUCACGCACCAGCAGCUCGAGAAGGAGGGCGUGAUUCAGAAGAGCAACGUUCCGGAUAACAGACGGGCCAACAUCUACUUCAACUUCACGAGCCCCCUGCCGGGCACGUUCGUCAUCUCCCUGCACUACAAAGGUAAGCGUGACCUCGCCGGCGCCCGACGCGACGGGGACCCCGUUCCGCUGACGCGCACAGGUCGAAACCGUGGGCUUCUCGAGCUUGAUCUCAAGCUCGACGACCUGCUCGAGAUGCAGAAGGACAACCAAGACGAGCUCGAUCUCGAGUACGUCCAGUUCAAUGUGCCCAAAGUCCUCGCCCUUCUCAACAAGCGAUUCGCUCGCAAGAAGGGGUGGUAG